AGACUAGGCAGGAGGAACAGGGGAUUAAGAAUGAAGAUCCUUUUUUUAUCCACCUUCUCCAUUUUUUUGUUGUCUGCUUUUGAUCCAGCAAACUCUUCUGCUCAUUAUGACAAGAUUUUGUCCCAUAGCCGAAUCAGGGCACGUGAGCAGGGUCCAAAUGUCUGUGCUCUUCAGCAAGUUAUGGGCACCAAAAAGAAAUAUUUCAGCACCUGCAGAAACUGGUAUCAGGGAACUAUCUGUGGGAAGAAAGCAACUGUCUUGUAUGAAUGUUGCCCUGGCUACAUGAAGAUGGAUGGAAUGAGAGGUUGUCCGGCAGUUGCUCCUAUUGAUCAUGUUUAUGGUACCCUGGGCAUUGUGGGAGCAACCUCUACUCAACGGUAUUCUGACAUGUCAAAGCUGAGAGAAGAGAUUGAAGGACGAGGAUCAUUCACAUUCUUUUCACCAAGCAAUGAAGCUUGGGAGCUGUUGGAUCGAGAAAUUCAUAGUAAUUUAAUUGACAAUGUAAAUAUUGAACUGUACAAUGCCCUCCACAACCAUAUGGUAAACAAGCGUAUGUUGACAAAGGAUCUUAAGAAUGGCCUGACUCUUGUAUCCAUGUACAAUGAUCAGCAACUGCUUAUUAAUCAUUAUCCUAAUGGGGUUGUUACUGUUAACUGUGCCAGAAUCAUCCACGGCAACCAGAUUGCUACAAACGGUGUCGUUCAUGUCAUUGACCGUGUCCUGACCCCUGUUGGAAAUACCAUUCAAGAGUUUCUUGAAGCUGAGGAUGAUGUCUCAUCUCUUAGAGCUGCUGCCAUUACAUCUGGUGUAUUGGACACACUUGGAAAGCCCGGCCAUUACACACUCUUUGCUCCUACUAAUGAAGCUUUUGAGAAACUUCCACGAGGAAUCUUGGAAAGGAUCAUGGGUGACAAGGUGGCCUCUGAAGCUCUCAUGAAGUUCCAUAUUUUAAACACUCUUCAAUGCUCUGAAGCCAUCAUGGGUGGAGCAGUCUAUGAGACCUUGGAAGGAAGUACAAUUGAAGUAGGUUGUGAUGGUGAAAGCCUGACUGUAAAUGGCGUCAAGAUGACAAACCGCAAAGACAUUGUGACAAGCAAUGGUGUUAUCCACCUUAUUGACCAUGUGCUGAUUCCUAACUCUGCCAAGCAAGUUAUUGAGCUUGCAGGUGACCAGCAGACCACCUUCACAGACCUUUUGGCACAGCUAGGAUUGACUUCUUCUCUAAGGCCAGAGGGACAAUACACUCUGCUGGCUCCUCUGAAUGGUGCUUUCUCGGAUGACACUUUGAGGAUGGACCUACGCCUUCUUAAACUGAUCAUGCAAAACCACAUUUUGAAAGUGAAAAUUGGCCUCAAUGAGCUCUACAAUGGACAGAAGGUGGAGACCUUGGGAGGAAAACGACUCAGAAUCUUUGUAUACCGCACAGCUGUAUGUAUUGAAAAUUCAUGCAUGGUAAGAGGAAGCAAAGAGGGAAGGAAUGGUGUUAUUCACAUUUUCAGACAGAUCAUCAAACCAGCUGAAAAGUCACUGCGUGAAGUGUUGAAGAAUGAUAAGCGCUUUAGCAUAUUCCUUAAUCUGGUGAAAGAUGCCGAUUUAGAUGAUGUUCUAUCACAACCUGGAGAAUGGACUUUGUUUGUCCCAACUAAUGAGGCCUUUAAAGGCUUGACGGAUGAGGAAAAGGAAAUACUGAGAAGCGACAAAAACGCUCUCAGGACUAUUCUUCUGUAUCACCUGACAAAAGGAAUUUACAUUGGAAGCGGUUUUGAACCUGGUGUGACAAACAUUCUCAAAACUAUCCAAGGAAGCAAACUGUUCUUGAAAACAGUAAAUGACACACUUCUGGUGAAUGAAGUGAAAUCAAAAGAAUCUGAUCUCAUGGCAACUAAUGGUGUUAUUCAUGUUAUAGAUAAACUCUUGUAUCCAGUAGAUGUACCUGUUGGAAAUGAUCAGUUACUCACCAUCCUUAAUAAGAUGAUUAAAUACAUUCAGAUUAAGUUUGUUCAUGGCAGCCACUUCCAAGAGAUCCCCCUGACAUUUUUCACAUCUAAAUUUAAAGUGAAGCCAAAUAUUAAAGUGAUUGAAGGCAGCCUCCAGCCCAUCACCAGAAAAGAGGAAAAAACAGGUAGAAAAAUCACGAAAGUAGUUGGUGGUACAACAAUUCGAAAAGUUACUCAAGGCACGAGACUGAUCGAAGGGGGACCAGAAUCAAAAUUGUUUAGAGAAGGCGAGACAAUAACUAAAGUGAUUCAUGGAGAGCCUAUUAUUGAAACAUACACCAAAAUAAUCGAUGGCCAUCCUGUCGAGGUGACUGAAAAAAAAGUGACAGAAGAGAGAAUUAUUCAAGGUCCUGAAAUUCAAUAUACCCGAAUUACUGCGGGUGGUAGAGGAGAUACGGAGGAAAAUUUGAAGAAAUUGCUUGAAGAAGAGGUUACCAAGGUGACCAAAUUCAUUGAAGGGGAUGGUCAUUUACUUGAAGAUGAAGAAAUCAAAAGACUCCUGCAGGGAGCUGGAACUGAGUUCACCAAGGUUACUAAAGUAAUUGAGGGAGAGCCACAGAUUAUCGAGAGAGAAAUCAAGGAAGUCCAUCUGGAAGAUACAGCAGUGAGGAGACCAAAACCACCCAAAAAGGCACAAGGAACACCACGGAGAAGGACAAGGCUAGUUCAGCCUUAAAGAUUUCCAGUGAGAUAGAGUCCAUAGAACUAAAAAUGAAUAGCCUGACCUUUGAGAGGAAAAGAAGUUGUUUUAAAAUAAAAUCAAAAGGAAUGUGUCAUUUGCUAAUCGAGUAUAAACUGAACCAUGAGCCCACACAAAGGGUCUGAUUGUGUAAACAUUCACUACUGGGCUUAGUGCCCACUAGCAUGAGUAGUCUAUUAAAGUAAGGGAGACCUCUCUUGGUAGUAAGCAUUAUUUAGGGUGAAAUGCUGGCUGCACGGAAGUCAAUAGCAAAACUCCCAUUGACUUCAGUGGAGCCAAGAUUUCACCCUAUGCCUGGUAAUAAGUGUUUACAGGAUUGGGCUCAAACUGAGCAGGGAACAUUUCAGAAUGUAAAUUUUAUUAUUUCUUAUAAAUGAGAAAUAUACAUGAAAUUAGAUCAUUUCUAGAAAUAUAUAGUUUAGGUGACUUGAUGAUGGGUAAUCUAGGGAGAGCUCCAUAAACCUAGCACUUUUGGUUCAGUAGUAUCAUGCAUUUUGAUGUCAACUUUUGUCAUGUUUUUAAUGUCAUUAUGACAUAACAACAUUACCUUUUUUAAAUUAACAAUUAUACCAUAUAUUAAAUGUAUCAUCUAGUUCUGCAUUACAUAUUCAAACAUUUCCUGGUAAUAUGGCUAAAGAAUGUUCUAAAAAAUAUCACAAAUGAAUUUACUAAAAUUUAUUUGGUGUAGGAUGGUGCUGGCUACAUUUUCAUCUAUUAAUAAAAAUAAUUCCUAUUGUAGGACUCCUAUAGAAAACACAAAACUUAAGAUACUAAAGGGAAAACAUUUUAAAUAAGAAUGAGCCCUUGAAUUGUUAAAUCAUAAGGGCUAAAUAAAAUGCAUGCAAACUGUUACCUCUGCAUGAAAACAAGCAUAACAAUAAUUGGGGCUUGAUAUGAAAGCUUUUAUAUCAAAACAUGCUUUGCUAAUGUCUGGUACUAAUGUGGAUUUGUUUGUAAAUUAUGUCAUUUUUAUAACUCUAGUUUUGUACUCAUAAAAUGUUUGUCAUUUGCCUUUUGCAAUAUUUUAAUGUCAAAUGUUGGAAUGCAACUAUUUGAGAGGAAAGAAAAAAUAUUUCUUCAAGGUGCCUUAAUUCUGCAGAACCAAGGUUGAAGAGGAGUCAUUAGAUGUGCUAUUAUUCUUCUGUUUUGAAACAAAUACUCAUUAAAAAAACUGGCUGAA